AAGCACAUAAGUGCAAAUAUACAGGGUGAUAGAGAACUCGCUUUCAGAAUAUAUUGUUAUUUUCUUUUAAAUAUGUUUUUAUAGUAAUUAUUUAGUUAAAAUACAGACGGCAACUAUUUUUUUAGACAUAUAUAUAUCUGCUAUUAUGCAUUCAAAGAGGAUUAAUAUGAAAUUUUUAUUUGAAGAAGAAAAGCAAAAAGUAAAGUUUAUGGCAAUGUUUGUUUUUCAAGAAAGCUUCCAAAAAAAUGGUGAACUUCUAUUGUAAUACUAUGAGCUUCUAUAAUAGGUUACAAACAUUGCCAUAAGAUUCAGCGUUGAUCGAUAACCUAUGUUCCAUAUGUUUUGAAAGUUCCCAAACAUGGAGUUUAGCCGAUAGGUAGUCCAGGGGAAAUGCUCAAAUAGUGGAUAAGAAUUUAGAAGUGUAGUUUUAAGGAGGACAGUCUAGGGGUUGGAAUAAACCUGUCAGAAUUCAAAAUAUAUUAUUUCUCUGGAAAUGGGAAGCUUUCAGAGUUUGUUCGACAAGGUGCACCAUGCUAGACCUGAUCGGAAGGCCUAAUUUCUCCAGAUUUCUUUUCCAGUAGCUCCUCUAUCAAAUACUGGAAACCGCAUGAUUCUAACUCUUUCCGUUAAAAAGUUAUUCAAAAAAUACUUUUUUCCAUUCUAUUUUGAAAUGAAUAGUGGAUUACUAAAUUUUACGACUUUUCUCUGGUCUAACUUCAAACACCACAUAAUUCAUGAAUUUAUUAUAUUCCACGAGAAAUUUCGAUGUCAUAUACUCAAAUGCCCUGAACGCUAUAAGGGAAUGUGAGUAUUCCCUAGGGAAUGUCCACAUUCCCUACGAAUGUCCGGGAAUGUAUAGAUUCCCCAGAGAAUGUGCAUAUUCCCUAGGGAAUGUAUACAUUCCCUGUAACAUAGUACACUGGACAAAAUCGCAAAAUAGACUGCUUUAUAUCACUAUACCAACUUUGUACGAAAAAAAAGGAACGAAGGGGAAAAAUAACACAACGAAGGGAGGAGAUUGCGAAAAGUAGGCAUUCAGUACCAGAUAACAUCGAAUAUAGAUACGAAUUCUGUGUGUGAAUAAUUUUUUGUUUUGACAACAGGUAAUGACAGCUGAAAAAAAUAUAUAUUAGAUAUCGGCAUCCCGAUAGCUUAGUAAAAAAGAAUAGGUGUACACAGCGUGACUGAAUCACUCUGCUUUUGCAAUGUAGUUUCACACUGCAUCAUAGACAAGACUAAGUUGUUUUUUUAUCCUCAAAGUUUGAUCAUAAUAAAAUUAUGGGUGAGUCUAUUGACACUCCCAGGAGUGUCAACAAGGAGCUAUUGCCAAUCCCUGGGCGUGUCAACAGGAAGCUAUUGCCACUCCUUGGGCGUGUCAACAAGAAGCUAUUGCCACUCCUUGGGCGUGUCAACAAGAAGCUAUUGCCACUCCCUGGGCGUGCCAACAGGAAGCUAUUGCCACUCCUUGGGCGUGUCAACAAGGAGCUAUUGUCACUCCCUGGGCGUGUCAACAAGAAGCUAUUGCCACUCCCUGGGCUUGUCAUCAAGGUGCUAAGAUGAAGAAAUCUUCUGAAUAUUUUCCUUGA